AUGGCGGGGCAACCGAAGCCGAAGCCGGCGGGACCGGCUUCCGGCCGCGGCGCGCGCGCCGCCGCGCCGGUCGUGGUCGAAGAGGACAUGUCCAAGCUUGUGCCGUGUCCCAUCAUCACCGCGCACCCCAACGGCUUCGUCGAGAGGACCGAGCCGGAGAGGGAGACGCACGAAGUCCGCGCCUACAAGCUCGGUAAGAAGAAGCGCUCCUACAAUCAGGUCGAGCUCACCUUCGACCGAGCCACCGCUGGGAGCUGGGCGAAUGCCGCCGAGGGUGCGCCGAACGGCGACGUGCUCGGCAUCUACGAGGCGACCGAGCGCGGCUUCAGCCUGGACGUGCCCGAGAACGUUCGCGACAGCGCCCUGGAGUACGAGCUCAGGCUGUACAACGGCACCAGCGUUCGCGCGCUCAUCUACCUCGUCUACGCCGAGCCGCUGUCGCGCGGGUCGGCAUCCAGCGGCAGCAAAUCCUCCAAGGGACUCACCGCCAACGGUUCCGCCGCGCUGACGGACAAGAAUGGCAACACAUGGCUCCCCGUCACCCGCAGCAGAUGCGCCAAGGGAUGCCAGGGACCGAUCCUCAGCGCCAUUCAGCGGUUCGGCAAGCAGGGCAGGACCCAGAAGGGCGCCCCGGGCGCCUCCGCCCCGGACGCAGCAACCGCCAACGACAGGGACAAGUGGAAGGAUGCGCGCAACCUCUUCAUCUCCAUCGACGAGGCGUCCAACCACGUCCAGGCGUUCGGACCCAACAAGUGCAAGAUCUUCAGGCUCCUCUUCGGGAUCUUCUCCGCGACGAGCGACGAGUUCCUCGGCUCCGGCGUGUCCGGUCCCAUCCGCGUGCUCGCCAACAACGACGUGCCGAAGGGCGCGGCGUGCCUCCGCAUCCGAAGCUCCCUCGCGGAUACGUGGUCGGGGUGGAAGAAUCCCGUCGUCUUGGACGCCGACGACGUCCCGGUGGCGCCCUCCGAGGAUGCGUUUGCUCGAGCCAACCCGAUGGCGGCGAGGGGCGCGCAAGUUGCGCCCCCCACCUCGUACGGCGCCAAGCGCGGAUCCUCGUACAGGAUCGACGUUCGAUCCCCCAAGCGCAUCAGGCACCCGCCGCAUUCGCAGCAUCAUUCGCAGCCGAGGGGCGCGGAGGCGUUUCCCCGCCCGCCCGUCGAGCUGGCGCAGUUUCCCCACGAUCUCUCGCACAACGCGCUCGAGACGUUUUUCAAGGAAGCCAUCGGAGUUCAAGGCGGCACGCCCGACGGCGCCGACAAGAACGGCUUCGACGCGAGCAUCUUCCACACGCCGCUCAACGAGCUCGGCGCGUCGCACCUUUUCGCUAACCCCCGGGGCGCCUCCGCCCUGCCCAUCACCGGCCAGGACCUGCCCCCGGUUUGCACGCCGGGUGGAGACUCGGCGCUCAAGAAGAUGGCCGCCGCCGCGGAUGCGGGACUCAUUCCCCCGCCCACGGUGAACAACGCGGGGGUCGGAAAGUUUACUCCGGCGCAGGCUGCGCUGCUGCUCAACUCGGGCGGCGCGCCCAACUCGCUCGGGUCCCUCGGGUCCCUCGGGUCCCUCGGUUCCGCGUUUAAGGAUGCCAAAUCCCCGCGGAGCGUCCACGCCAAGACCCGGUCGGUCACCGGCGCCGCGCGCAAGAUGAAGGAGCGCGCGGAGACUGACGCCGAGCGCAACGCGCGCGCCGAGGACGAGACCGCCGCGGUCGAGGCUGCCGCCGCCGCGGCUGCCUCCCCCGUCGCCGUCGCGCCCGCCGUCGGUUACGACCCAAAGUCCGCCGCCGCCGCCGCGGGUGGUGGGUCCAAAAACCCCACGCUCUCCCCGCACAGCUGGCUCCUCUCCGUGCUCGGCAGCGGCUCCCGCGACGGCGCCAUGCGAACGGCGAUCGCCAACGCCGUCCAGCAGAGCGAGAUGAAGGCUGCGAACCCCGACGCGUUCCUCGCAAACGCGGGCGGGUCCCCGUUUACCGUCGCGAGAGAUCGCGGACCGAACACGGUGAUGAACAACAACGCCGCGACGCGGACGGGGGCCCAGUCCGUCGCCACGCACGCGCAGCAGACGGCCGAUGCCGCCGCGAUGCCACCGCCCGCGAUCCCCACGCUCGCGCACACCGUCGGCGGUGGCGUCGUCGGCGGUGCGCAGGCGGCUGAGGACUUUGCGCUCUCCAGGGGCGCGCUCCUGGGCUCCCCCGCGGGUUUGGCGCCCACCAGGCUGCUCUUCUCGCCCGUCACCAACGCCAAGGACCGCGCCAUUCGCGCGCUCGCGGACGAGAGCGACGACGAGGACGGCGUCGCCAUGGGCCACGCCAACCCUUUCACCGGCACCGGCGUGAAGGCUUUCAAGUCGUCCAAGAAGGGCGUCAAGGAUUCCCUCCCCGCCGAGGCGUGGAUGUCCCCGUCCAAAUCCGCAGCCGUCGCCGCCGCCAACCAAGGACCCACGUACGUCCGCAAGGACCACUCCCUCGCGUCCAUCACCGACCGCAUCGUCGCCGAGUUUGACGAGGCCAACGUCGAGAACAACGUGUCCGCCGUGCAGACGGAAGGCGGCGGGUCGACGGCGCAGUGGGCGGGUAACGUCGCCGUCGACUCGCUGGCGGAGCGCCUGGGCGUCAAGCGCCGCCGACUCUACGACGUCAUGAACGUUCUGGAGGCGGUGGGCGUGACGGAGCGCAUCAGCAAGGGCGCGUGCAAGUGGCACGGCGCCACGCGCGUCGCCAACGUUCUCGGGAAGCUCCUCGAGGAGGCGCCCGCGGUCAUCGCCGCCGCCGAACAGGAGGAUGCCAAUACUUCGGGCGACGCGUCUUCCCUCAAGGCGCUCGCGUGCAGGCUCAUGCAGCACGUGGGAUCCACGCCGAAGCACGUGCCCAUCGCGUUCGACGCGUGCGUUGCCACGAUGAGGCUCGGGGGCGUGCCCGCGCCGGACGCGCCGGGGGCGCACGGAACGGGCGCGCUCGCCGGCGCCGCGCGGCGGUUGCACGACGUGGCGUCGAUCCUGAUUCGCAUCGGGGUUUUGGAGUUUGUCGAGCGGGAGGGUAAGGCGAAGGGGCGAGGCGAACUCAGGUGGCUCGGCGCGACGAGCGUGACCAAGCGACUCGCGGAGGGCGCCGCGGGCGCGGCGGUGGAGAAGGGCUACGGAACCGGCGCGCAGCAGGCUGCGUUGGAGCGAGCCGCCGCCGCCGCCGCCGCGUCGCAGCACAAGUCGGUCCUCGGGCAGGUUCCCCUGGACAAGAAGUGGGACGCCGCCAACGCGCAGGCUGCGGCGGCGAACAACGCCAACGCCGCGAAGGCGGCGUCCAGGCUCUCGUCCUUCUUCCAGCGCGCGGGACCCGGCGGCGCGCCCGCCCCCGUGCCCAUUCCCGCCGUCAACUUUGGGGAGCUCGACGGACGAGCGAGCAAAAAGUCCCGAAAGGGCGGCCAGAGCGUCAAGUUCCGACAGGACGUCGCGGGGGCCAACUCGCUCUUCUCCCCGCCCAUGCACGCCCCGCCCGUGAACCCUCGGGACACCGCCGCCGCCGCGGCUGCGCUCCUUCGUUCCCCCGAGUGGAUCGCGGGUCUCGCGCAGGCGGCUUCGGCGCCGUCCCCCGCCGCUCCCAUCGGGGGAGCCGCCGUCGGGGGAGCUUCUUGGGCGUCUCCCGCGUUCGUCGCGCCCCUCCAGGCGCUCUACUCGUUCUACAGCGGCGCCAUCGGCCCCAAGACGAUCGGCGGCGACAGGCGCGCGUCCGGCGCGUCCGAGGGUGAUCUCGAAGGGAGCGUGUCGCUGAGCGGUUUGAGCGGCUUGUCGCCGACGCUCUUCGGCACCUCCCCGGCGGAGGUUGAGGCGACGUUGCACCGCGAGGUGAUGCAGGCGGCCGCGCAGGCGGCGGUGCAGGCGGCGAUGGCGGGAGUGAACCCGCCGGACAGCGUCGUGCGCGAAAAGAUGGAUGGGGCGCGCGCGACGAGAGCCGCGGCGACGCGGGAGACGGCGGGGCGAUAG